AUGAAGAGAUUCGUCUCUCCUCCUCUGAUCCUCCUUCAGUGCAAACCUGGGACGGAGCGCCGAAUUGUUGGCUCGUGCAACCGGUGGCGUUUCCCCAAGAAGCCGUUCUCCGGGGACCUGCUGGGGCUCUCUCAGAUGUGCAAGGCCCUCAACAUCAAUCUGGACGAUGCUCAGAAGAACCCAAGCAGGUUAUGCAUUUCAAAAAUUCAGAAACUUCUCUCUGAGGAUUUGAAGAACAAGUCCAGCAGAAGUGGGGAGGCAGAUGUGAUUCUGGAAUGCCUCGGCUUCAAGUGGGAACUCCACCUGCCCCAGCUUUUCCAGUCUGCGACCUUGGCCAGGCUUUACUUGAUGGCCCUGAUGCACAGGGCGAAGAGCACCACGGAGACCGUAGGGCCACGUAACUUUAUAGAGAGUAAGAAUCCCCUGGCGCUGGGCUCCCAAACACCCUCGGGUUUGAAAGAGCCCAGCCUGGCCUCUGGCUGCUCCGAGCUCCAUGGUGACCGAGCCCCCGGGAAGACCAGCGACGGCCCCCUUGUGAAGAAGAUGAUCAUUUCCUUAAAGAUCAACGACCCAGCUGUCAACAGAGUUGCCUUCGCCCUGGCGCUGAAGAACCUCUACAUGAGCCAUGUGGACCUGACCGUGGAUGACCUGCUGGGGGUGCUGGCGUCUGCUUACAUCCUCCAGUCCACUCAACUGUUUAAAAGGUGUGUGACCAUGAUGAUGAACGAAGUCUCACCAAGUACCCUCAAGGGCUUCUACCUGGCCGGCUGCAAGUACAAGGAAGAGCAGCUCACCGUGGCCUGCGAGAGGUGGCUGGAAAUGAACCUGGUCCCUCUGAUGGGGACACAGAUUUACCUUCGACAAGUCCCUCAGGAUCUGCUCCUUAAGGUGUUGAAGUCCCCCAGGUUGUUUACCUUUAGCGAGUUUGAUCUUCUGAAAACCUUAGUGUUGUGGGUCUACUUGCAACUACAUACCAAGCUUCAAACAGUUCCAACUAAGGAGACCAUGCUGACAUUUUUCCACAGCUUCCCCAAGAAGUGUUGCUUUCUGGAACGCGACGUAGGACAGGGUUGGAUGCCCCUCUUCCUUUGCCUGCGUCUGCACAACAUCACCAGCGGCAAGGAUCUGGAGGAAAUAAAGCAUAUUAACUUCUUCCCGGAGUCCUGGCUGGUCCGGGUGACAGCCAACCACUACCUUACACUGGAGAGCGGCGGCGAUAUGGUCUACUCGAGAGAACUCUCCUCACAGGCCAUGAGAUUCGGGCUGGUCUUUGACCAGGAUUUUACUGUUCACUCAAAGAUAAUUUGUCUGUAUGGAUUCUUCUUUGAGAUAAAGGGGAUCAAACACGAUGCAACCUCUUACAGCUUUUCCAUGCAGAGAAUCAAGCACACCGACCGGGAGUGCCUCACCAUGGCUUGUGACUAUAUCACCAUCAGCGUGAAGGCUGAGCGCCUGGUCAGGUACCAGAUCAGAGCCUACACCUUCGUGGAUGGCAAGUGGAAGCAGUUCAAGACCAACCAGAUCACACAGAAGUUUGGGUGCAACAAGCCGUGCUGCAAAAGCCACGUCUUGAAAAUCCAAACUGUGGGCAGCCCAAUCUAUGCAAGUUUUGCAUUCAUCUUCCCAGUAUCUUGAUAGUUUCCAGAAGAAUCUUAUG